CUACCAACUAACGAAUAAACGCCAGUACGUUGGUCUUCGAAUCCAAGGGAAUCCUUCCCUUUUUCUACGCCUCCAACAUUACAAGGGCGACGAGGAUGCGUUAGAACAACGCAAGAACCGCCCAGCAGCAAUUUUGAACCGCACGGACCCCUCCACACCCAACAACGGACGUCUUGUUUGACGGGAUGGAGCACAGCAUGCUCCCCACGUUUUCCUUCUUCGACGUGCGUGCCACUGACGCCAAUAACGUCGGCACCGAGUGGUUGAAGUGGGUGAGACGCUUCGAGAACUUCGUAGUGGCCUGCGGAAUCACAAGCGACGCCCGUAAGACCGCUUUGCUGCUACACUACAUCGAGGAGGAAGUCCACGACAUCUACUGUGUGCUUCCCGAACCUCCUGCGACCGCACCUGCGGCAACAGCGUCAGCUGUCUUAAGCACCGCUGGCGAAAGCCCGCUCCACACCGCAGCACGCAAGAAGCUGGACGCCUACUUCGCUCCAAGGGUCAACACAACCUUCGAGGUCUACCAUUUCCGGCAAGCCAGGCAAGUGGAAGGAGAGCCCCUUGACUCAUUUUACGCCAAACUACGACAGCUAGUGCGACACUGCGCCUUCGCCGAUCCAGACACGGAAAUCAAAAAUCAGAUCCUGCUGUCUACAACAUCGUCACGCCUUCGCCGCUAUGCCAUGCAGCAUGACCUCGAUUUGGAGGGAAUCCUCAAACAGGGCAGGCUAUUUGAGGAAGUGGAGCACAACGUCACCUUGAUGGAACAAGGAAGCCAGCAGCAGCCCAGCGAGAACACAGUGGCAGCGAUAGCAGCGAACGCCAAGCUGUCUUCGCACCACCACCCGUCCAAGCGCCACCAGAAAACCUCAUCACAGCCUCGUGAGAAUUCACGUCGUCAACACCCGGACGCAUCAUGCUACAACUGUGGAGGAUCAUGGCCGCACAAUGGUGGUCGAUCCAGCUGCCCAGCCAGAGGCAAGUCCUGCAGGUCAUGCCAGAAGGUUGGCCACUUCUCCAAAGUAUGUCGGUCGGCUCCAGUCACUGUCCGUGCUAUACGGAAGAACGCUGGCUCGGACAGCGACGGGUACACUUUCGCAACUGACACUUCAUGCGACAUCUCGAGGUCACCGCGAGUGAUCGUGGAAGUGAACGGUACGCCAGUAGAAUUCACCCUCGAUACAGGAGCUACUGUGUCCACCGUGGGAUCAAGUGACCUGUGGAAACUCAGGCUCCGCCACAGCUUGGAGCAAACAGGUGUAAAACGUUUCGCAUAUGGUGCAACGUCCCCACUGCCAGUGCUUGGCAAACUGUCCGUGACCAUGAAAUACAAAGCUCAGGAAGGCACAGACGAAAUCUUCGUUAUCAACGGUGACCAUCCAGCCCUUCUGAGUUUUUAUGCAGCCUCACGUCUGGGUUUAGUCCAGAUCACCUACAACGUCGAAGACACCCUGAUAGAAAACAAUAUUCAGCAACAGUACCCCCAACUUUUCACGGGAGUUGGAUGCCUUCGAGACCAACAGGUACGCUUGCAUGUGGAUGACAGUGUGCCACCAGUCGCACAACCACACCGUCGCAUCCCUUUUGCCAUGAGAAAACCACUAGAGGCAGAGCUGAGUAGACUGCUAGCGCUCGACAUCAUUGAGGAGACUGAAGGGCCAACACCGUGGGUGUCUCCGGUUGUUCUAGUGCCCUAGCCACACGACCAGGCUUUGCGGAUGUGCGUAGACAUGCGAUGCGCCAACAAGGCGGUCUGCCGCGAGCGGCACGUCACGCCAACAGUUGACGACAUCCUCACAGCACUCAAUGAAGCAACGGUGUUCUCCAAACUCGACCUCAAGGAAGGGUACCACCAGCUAGAGUUGCACGAAGACUCCCGGCCAAUAACAACUUUCUCGACACACGCCGGACUCUUCAGGUACAAACGUCUGAACUUUGGUAUCAACUCAGCAGCAGAAGUAUUUCAAAACACCAUACGACAAGUCCUCGGCGGCAUUCCCAACGUGCUUAACGUCAGUGAUGAUAUCCUGGUUUAUGGCACGACCAAGGAAGACCACGACAAAGCCCUUGAGGCAACGUUGGAACGUCUGAGCAAGGGUGGGCUCACGCUAAAUCCCAAGAAGUGUAGCUUCUUUCAAAAGCAGCUCACUUUUUUUGGACACGUCUUGAGUGCUGGAGUACAACCAGAUCCGAUGAAGGUGUCGGCUCUCCAGAACGCUGUUCCACCAACAAGUGCCAAUGAAGUCCGGAGUCUCCUAGGGAUGUUCAACUACUGCGGACGUUUCCUACCCAACCUCGCAAACCUGACUCAACCGUUGCGCCAGCUGACCAUCAAAGGAACUCCAUGGACUUGGACCAGCGUUGAACAAAGAGCAUUCGACGAGCUCAAAGGCAUGCUCUCGAACUCUACUACUCUAGCCUAUUUCGACCCCGAGAAGAGCACAUAUCUCAUCGUUGAUGCUGCACCACAUGGUCUCGGUGCAAUUCUCGCCCAGUCCUCCGCAGCUGGAACUAAGGUGGUUGCUUACGGAAGCCGAGCCUUGACGGCUGUGGAAGCGCGGUACUCUCAGAUAGAACGAGAGAUGUUGGCUGUGGUCUGGGGUAUGGAGCACUUCCAGAUCUACUUGUUCGGCACCAGCUUUCGAGUGCUCACCGAUCACAAACCGCUCGUCAACAUCCUGUCUAACCCACGUUCUUCUCCGUCAGCGAGGAUGGAACGUCUGGCACUUCGACUUCAGCCAUACAGCUUCGACGUCGCACACACCAAGGGGUCAACUAAUCCCAGCGAUUACUUGUCUCGACAUCCACCACAGACCCCACCAGACAAGAGGGACAAGCUUCGCACCCUUGUAAAGAUGUAAGAAGCCU